UGAUAGCAAGAUACCUCAAAUUUUAAUAUUCUUAGAGAAAUUAAAAAUAGGGUCUUAUUACAUAUAACUUUUAUCUCAAAGUGAUCAGUGAGAAAGUCUGAUAAUUUCGAUAACUAGAGCCCUAAGCCACUCUAAAAUAUGUUGGCAUUUUUGGUCAUAAAAACAUGACAAAUUUCUAUGCAUAGAGGACAAGUAAUAAAACAGUGUUGAAGAAUGAUGUAAGCAGUGGAAUCAACGAGAGUCAAGAAAGUUUGUGCAGCCGGUAUGAUUUUCAUAGAGAAAUUAUACAAAAAGUACCAGAAGAUGAAGCUCAAGCAUAUCAAAGAAGGUAAUACAAGCGAAUAUUUGCAGAUUUAUAAGAUUAUCAAGCUGAAAUUGUACAAUAAGCACGAUUCAGCUCUGAAUGCUAUUUUGAAAUCAGAAAAUGGCAUGAUGCUCGAUGCUAUUUAUCUCACAUCCCUAAUUUUUCACAGGAAUACCUACAACAUAGACUGAAAUAUCUCACCCUGGUGACUAUUUACCCUAAAAUAGGCUAAAAUCUGACUUAUAGACUUCCAAAAAGACAUUGCUUCCAAAUAAAUACUACUACCAACUUGAAACAGUUGGCCUCAAGAACAACAUGUUCGGAAAGGAAAUAGAAAUGGAACAAGAUGAGAUAGAAAAGGAACUCAUCAAAAAGUACAAAGACCUAGGAUGGGAGUUUGAGUACAAAAAGGGAAAAGUAGCAGACGUUAAUGCUCCAACUUUGGUCACCAACAAACAAGUGAAGAAGCUACGUAAAGUUGCUAUCAAGAAACCUCUUGCCAUCAAGAAGAGGUUGUGGAAAGGUCGUCAAUCCCAUAAAAACAAAGGUCAUUUCAGCAAGGGUCAAAUCGAUGACUAUUUCAAGAACUUUGAUGCAUACCAGUUAUUUGUCAAGGAGAAUAAGGAAGAUUAUCUCGUUGUCGGCAAUAAGAAUAAACUUCUUCAGAGAUAUUAGAUGACUGGAGAUUUCAUAAGACGGAAGUAUGAUGAGAUAU